CCUCAGUUCGCGCCGAGCGUCCGUUGCCGCCGCACGCAUGCGCCGCCGCCUGUGAUUGGCCGAUUCAAACCGCGACCGUUGACGCCGACCAAUCGGAAUCGAUCCGAUCGAUUUCUUUUUCUCGAGUUGACGCGCUGGUGUUUUGUGCCCUGUGUAUGUGACAUUGAAAUUAGACUGUGUUGAUUAUAAGGUCGGAUUUUUUUCUCACACUGGUAGGUUCCUGAUUUAUUGCAGUUCUGCAAGCAAAUAUCUAAUAAGUACCUUUUGUGCAAGCAGCCAGCUGACCGGCCCAGUGCUCGACCGGAAACAUUAUGCCAUAUACAACAACUAUCUAAGCGGACCUGACUCGCAUCGCAAGUGGGAACACCGUUAAUUAUGCCAGGUCACUAGCGCAAUGAUGGAAGAAGUGACGUCUAGACCUAGCGUGGAGUACAUCCCUCCACUGCCCCCCAAGCAACGCGGAUCGACGACCUUCACACAGAUCAACAACGAAGAAAACGAGUUACGCGCCAAUAUGGACUCGCUAAGUUCGAUGCACUCUCUCGUCCUUAAUUCUAAGAGUCCAUCUGCAACGGUAUUCAUAGCGGCUACACAGCCAGAACGACCCGCGAACACAGCCGGCGCGGACGCCCCUAAUGGACCACACGUCGUCACCAUCCGAAUCAACACCGAAGAAAAACCCAAAGCACCCAAAAUCUCCAGCGUACACCUCAAAAGCGACAUCGACUUCGACACCUUCAAAAUCAACGAACGAAAAAACAACAGCUUAGUCAGAAUCAACGUCGAGGAAUCCCGGCCGAAAAUCGUCGAGCACGACGACAAAAGCGAUAAAGCACCUUACAUCUACUGCAACUCGUUUGUUAAUUCAAUGACUAAUAUGGUCAUGUCGAGUGGGCAGUGCUCGCCGAGCGACACGCUAGACUCGGGAACGUGCAGCGACCUUGACGGCACGCCGCCGCCGCUUCCUAAGAAGAAAACGCUCAAGUCGACCUCCAAAAAAAUCUCAGUCACUGUUAUCGGUUCACGAAAUGGGAGCAGUCAGAGCGAAUUAGACUUUGAAGACAACGAUUCCAACAUAUCGUGUGAUUCGCUCAACAGCAGCGAACUGAACGGAAGCGUGCACGCCGAUGAAAGUCAUAGCGAGUAUACGGGUAAAAACGAAAAGAAACAGAGUUGCGAGCCACCUGCAGCGCCGGAGAUGCCCACGUUCGUCGCAAAAGCGAACAAUAACGACGGCUUUCUACCGCAAGGUCUCCUGCAAGACAUUAGAGACCGUUCAGCGAAACUCAAUACGGUCGAAACUAGCGAACCCGAGCGGCCCGUCGAAGCGAACCAGAAUAUUAAUGAAAAUGCUAAUAUAUCAAAAGAAAGCGCGCAACUCACUUCGUUCCGGCUAGUCUCGCAAUUGAACGGCGAUAUGAAAAAAGACGAAGGCAGGGAAUCCCCGAAUUCGUGCAAAGCGCCUCUGAUCACCGAAAGUACGUACGAGGAGAGACAGAAGCAGGAUAAAUUGAAGCAGGAGAAAAUGUGUUACAGUAGCCAUUACUUCGACACGGACAAGUAUUACGACUUUCAUUUGAACGAGAAACAGUUCGAUGAUGUUAAGUCAGUGAGUGUUAGUGUGAGUGCAAAAAGUGAUGACAAUGAAAUGGAAUAUUUUGCGGGUAUCAAGGAUUACAAGAACGAGGAGGCGCCAUCUACGAUCCGGAGUUCGAAGGGAACGAUACGCGGCGUGAAGAACCGCGUGCGAGCUGGGAUAGCAACGUUUCUGCAGAUGCAGAGCACGACAAAGAGCUACAAAGAAAAAGAUGCCGGCAAGGUUGUCCUCUACACCACCACCAUGGGCAUCGUCAGAAGCACGUACCAGCGCUGCGUGUUGGUGAAGAAGAUCCUCAGAAAUCUGUUAGUGAAGUAUGAGGAACGGGACGUCUUCAUGAGCGUGGAGUACCAGGAUGAGAUCAGGGACAGGAUGAGAAGCGAUCAGAUCCUGGUGCCGCAGCUGUUUGUGGACGGACAGCAUGUUGGGGACGCGGAAACUGUGGAGAGACUGAACGAGAGCGGAGAGUUGAGGAAAAUGCUGAAGCCCUACAAGGUAACUAUUUGUUUUAACCUUUAAUUUCAGAGCUUUUCAGGGCGUUUCAGGGUGUCUGGGAA